AUGAUCCGGUUCUCUGCGCUGUUCCGCCUCCCGUCCAAGGUGAAGCGCCGCGCCCGGCGCAACAGGAUGGCGACGCUCUUCUACCUCCUCCUGCUGUGCGUGCUGCUGCUCGCGCCCUUCUACGCCAUCUACCGCCCGCGCCUCCUGAUCCGCUACUUCCAGCACCGGUGGCCCGACGUCCUGUGGGAGGUGUCGGUCCCCGCCGACGCGGGCAAGGUCAUCGCGCUGACCAUCGACGACGCGCCGUCCGAGUACACGCGGGAGAUCGUGCAGCUGCUCAAGGACAACGACGCGCGCGCCACCCUGUUCGUUAUCGGCGGGCAGGUCGAGGGCCGCGAGGAGGUCCUGCGCGAGGUCGUCGCCGCGGGCAACGAGCUGGGCAACCACGCCAUGCACGACGAGGCGGCGCGCGCCCUCGACCUCGACACCCUCGAGGACCAGAUCGGGAGGGUCCAGGGCCUCAUCCGCCAGGCCUACGCCGAUGCGGGCGCGGGCCGCGGGGCCGGAGCACCAAUCCCGCACCCGCGGCUCAACGCCUGGCACAUACUGAGCAUGGCGCGCAGCGGGGGCAUCAUCGUCUGCCACGACCGGAGGAGCUGGACGAUACCCAUGUUGAGGCAGGUGCUGCCCGAGCUGAGGCGGCGGGGGUACAGGGUUGUCACCGUCUCGGAGCUGCUGGAGGCGGCGAGCCCGUGA